AUGGCCCCGCCCCCCGGCCCUGGCCCCGCCCCCGCCCCGCGCCUGGGCCCGAUCCUGGCCCCGAUCCUGAUCCUGGGGCUGGGGCUGAGCCGAGCCCGGGAGCCCGGAGCUGAGCGGGAAUCCCCAGAGCUGCCGAUUCCCCCAUUGAUGGCGGGACCAAAGCUGCUGCGUGACCCCUAUGGGGACAAACCCGCUGCUCAUGUUGUGGCCUCCUCCUCCUCCCCCUCCCUCCAAUGGGCGGCCGACGUGGCCCCGGCGCAGAUGCGCAACGGGAUCCGUCUCCAUGGCAACCGCCUCGUGGUCCCUCGCGACGGCCUCUACUUCGUCUACGCCGCCGCCGCCUUCCAUGGAGGGGGAGGGGAUAACGAUAGCGACGGGGGGGAGGGGCCAGGAUGCCCCUCCCCCUCCCCAUCAUCCUCAUCCCAUCCCCCCCUGCUCCGCUUGGCCGUAUCCCGCUAUUCCCAAGAGUACCCCAAGGACGUCCCCUUGCUCACGGCCGUGCGCUCCGUGGGCCGGGGAUGCCCCGACGGGCUCUGGUUCGAGUCCCUGUACCAGGGCGCCGUGUUCCAGUUGCGCCGUGGGGACCAGUUGGCCGCCACCACCACGGCUGGGAGGUUCCUGGACCUGCACGGCGGGGGGAGGGCGUAUUUUGGGGUGGUGGGGGUGGAUUGA